AGCUCCCUUUACAUGCUGGCUGUUGUCUCGAUCUCCUAGUAGCCGGCCUCUUCUUCGUCUCCCCAGGAAACGAGACUUGUGCCUGGACCUCGUGUUGGCCUUAGACAAAAGGGGCUUCCUUUGUUUCUACCAGCGCCGCCGCUAUGGCCCGCCGUGCGUCAUCGUCGCCGAGGCUCGUCCUCACCCUUGCCGUUCUCCUCUCCGCGUCGCUCUUCGCGGCGAACCUCCCGCGAUUCGCGGACGCGGUUCCCGUCUCGUUCGUGCUUCAGCAGAUCCGCAACAAGACCAACACGGACCCCGUCACUGCCGACAUAUCCGCGGGAAUGGUGGAGUUCGCCGCGGGGUACGACAAGGUGGACGACAUUGCCGGAGGAACCCUCUUCCUGCCGUCUGACGCCGCAUGGAAGCCCGCGCUCGACGGUUACAAGACCCGAAACGCCUCUGCGACGACCGCGUCGGACCCGCUUCUCGAGGCGCUCGAUACGCUGGUGACUUCCAAGGGGACCCUGGCGGCGCUUAACUCCAUGUCGAGCGGCGGCAGGAACGCGCUGUCGCGGCUCGCCAAGUUCUUGGCGGUUCGCGAAUACCUCGACAGCGCGAAGCUGAACAGCACCUACAAGAGCGGUCGGUUCAGCUUCAGCUCGCUGCUCAACCAGAACAUCUGGCUCUACGGCGACUCUGUAACUGGCCUCUGGUACCUCACUGGCACCGACCCCGACCUCCUGCUCAAGCCCCCUACCGGUUCCGCCAAGGUCGCCGUCGCUGCCCCUGCUGCCCCCGCGCCCGCCUCCGCCUCCGCCUCUGCGCCUGCGCCCGCUCCUAUGGUGGACACUCCCGUUGACACCGCACUGCCACCGGCGGCGGCACCCGGCUCCGCCCCCGCGCCCGCGGGGACUCCCCGCGCUGGGGGGGCGCUUGUGCCGGGCAGCGGCGUGGGAGGGCCGGUUUCGGUGGCGAUGCUGGAGAUCGUUCUGCCGCUCUACUCGAAGAACACGAUCCUGGGCGUGACCACGUCGUCGUCCGACAUGUCGGUGAACCUGAUCUCGGCCGUGGUGUUUCCCAGCAACAUGGCAUCGCUCACCACGUACGACGCCACCUCCGCGUACGGCACUGCCACUAAAGGUGUCUCUGCUCUCUUGAGCAACGGCAUGGCCCUGCUUGCGGCUCUGAUGGCGCUGCUUGUGCUCGUUUGAGUCGAUUUCCGGGUGGGACAAGACUGAACGCUUCGACUGCAAAUCUGACUGGGCGCAAGGCUUCCCUGCUACUGUGUCGAAGGUGCCUGCUUUUCGCGUGAUAGCUCCCUAGUUUCCCGGAACUCUCCUGGGUAGGGAGGGAACCACCAGUCGUCUCUGGGGGCCGUUCGCUGGGAAUUUUCCGAGGGGAACGGGGAGGGGAACGGGCGACCAAAUCCCGCGCGCAUGGAAUCUGCGCAGCCAAACCUACGUAAAAAUUUUUUUGUGUGCCCUCGUACUUUGGUAAUCAUAACGUCGCCGGCUCAUAAUGAUUACGUCUGUCACGACUGCAGGACUGGAUAAGACAAACUCGCGGACAGUGAAGAGUGGGGCCCACCAAAAGCCCUCUUAGGCCAUCGCACUUUCGUGGAAAAUCUAGCGGAGAAAAUGAGAUUCACACAAUUUUGUCAAAACUGCCCAUUUUUUUAACAUUUCAAAAUGUGACCGAUUGGAUG